AUGCUGUUUUCUUUGCAUGUUGUGAUCAAGGGAACAAGUACCUCGAUUGAACCCAGCACGCACCUCGUCACUGAAAAGCUACCGCUAUGGUUCAGUUUGGCACGGAUUCUGCACACAGAUAUUAUCCAGGUUCCAUCGAGUUUCCUCCCGCCUGGCCCUGUUGCCGGCACGAACAGGACAACGGGUGACAUUGACGUGGUCGUAUCCGAUCUCCAACGCGUGGCAGAUAUAGGUGCCGCCCAAACGCCUCCAAUCCGGUUCGGUUCGUUCGUUUACGAGGCGCUCGUCGGAGGGGACCAUGUUGAUACAUGGGAACAAGCCUGGGAAAUUGUCAGAAAGGUUAGCCGGUCCAAUUUUGGGAUCUGUCUGGAUACCUUUGACAUUGCCGCGAGGGUAUACGCCGAUCCCGUACGGGUGGACGGGAAGACACCACACGCAGACGAGGACAUCCAAGCAUCUAUUUUCCAAUUACAUGAAAUAGACAUGCCAAAGGUAUUUUUACACCCGGGUUGUGGAUGGGGAGAGGCUUUCCAGCCCGCUAGAUGA